CUUUUUUAUGUUAAAAAUAAGAGUGGCAAAGCUAGGGGUGCUCCAACCCCUAAAACAUUUUGUUUUAAGUGUGUGUGCAUAUGUACUAAUACUUGAAUCGAUAAAAGUGAUUUGAAAUAUGAAGCUUUGGCUGCCUCGGUAUUAAAAUUUCCGACUGGUUCCUCCUGUAGUAAAACUGCCACGCCACUACUUAAGCACUGGGGUAAUGUUGUUGUUGUUCAAAUCCAGUGAACAACUUAGCUCUGAAUUUAUUACUUUAUUUGUUGCAGCUGGCCAGGAAAGGUUCAGAACAUUGACAAGUUCUUACUAUAGAGGUGCUCAGGCAAUCAUUCUUGUUUAUGAUGUGACAAAGAGAGGCACCUUCAUAAAUAUAUCUGAUGUAUGGGCACAAGAAAUGCAGCUUUACUCAACUAAUCAGGAUUGUAUCAAAAUGCUUGUUGGAAACAAAGUUGACAGGGAGCCUGAUAGAGUUGUCAGCAGGGAGGAAGGUAUAGCGCUUGCAAAUAAGCUUGGGAGUUUAUUUCUUGAAUGUAGUGCGAGGACACAAGAAAAUGUGGAAAAGUGCUUUGAAGAACUUGCCUUAAAGAUAACGCAGGUGCCUAGUUUUUUGGAAAAGGGAUGUGCCACAGCGAGGAACGUCUUAAAGCAGAAACAAGAAUAUCAACAGUCAACUGGCGGUGGUUGUUGCUUUUGACCAUCCUUAUCGGUAAAUGCAAUUGGCAGCCUUAGCUUCAAAAAUUAUAAGGAGCCAUCUAUGACUCCUUAAUAUGGAGUAAGGGAGUAGCCUUACCAACAUCACCUCUCACUUAAGACAUUCCUCUAUGAGAUCGAGUAGUGAAAGACUGAAAGUGAUGCCCAGUAAGUAUAUAUGAGUCUCCUAUUUGAGUGUGAUGCUACUCCCAGAAUGCCACUUUCAUAAGCUCACUGUAUAUAGGUAAAGUGUUUCGAAAUGACUGUGUGCUUCUCUCUAUAAAGCAAAACCAAAUUCAGAUUUUUUUUGUUGCAUGAUAAAGUGAUUUUGACUCAAGUGUUUGAUACUUAUUCCGUAGUAUAAAUUGAGAAUAGUACUAUCCUCCGUUCUUUAUCAA